CAUUCCAUUUAUGAUCGCUUACUGCUUCUUCUAUUCAAACUCUUCGUAUUUAUAAUUUAUCUUCUAUGGCAUCAAUAUCAAAGUCACUCUUUGAAAGUGUUGUGUUGUCAGUACUUGACAAACGUUUCCCUGAGAUCGAAACGUUAUCUGACGAACAGAGUGCGGCUUUGUUUGCACUUGUGAAUCGCGAGGACGUCUUCGCCAUCUUGCCAACCGGCCAUGGGAAGUCCCUUAUCUUCCAGUGUCUGCCAGAUAUUUGCGAGGAGUUAUCUUUACGAGGCAGAGAUUAUCCAAGAAAAGCCGUCAUAUUAGUAGUAUGCCCGCUGAACUCUCUUGUGAACACGCAUAUACGUGAAUUACACUCUCGUGAAAUAACAGCGACCAGCCUCGUUGGUGAUGUUGACGAAGAAAAGGUUCUUCGCGGAGAGUUCUCGUUCGUUUUUGCGAACCCAGAAUCGCUGAUACUUAACGAGAAGUGGAGAAAGAUGCUGCAGAGUGACGUGUAUCUCAACAAUCUAUUCGCUAUUGUGACAGAUGAAGCGCACGUUAUUCCAAAAUGGGGAUAUAGAACGCAAAAGCAUGGCACAAGCAGCAAGAAAGAGUUUGUUGCUGCUUUUAGAGAAUGUUUUUCAAGGCUUGGAGAAUUAAGGUCUCUUUUAAGUACAAAGCCUUUGGUUCCUGUUUUGGCACUAACAGCUACAGCCAACAUACAAACAAGGAAUGUCAUAAAGGAGUCCCUUUGCCUCAGGCAAAAUUAUGUUCCUGUCUUUGUAAGUCCCAACCGAGAAAACAUUUUUAUCAACAGGAUGAGGGUUAACUCAAACAUCUCAAAAGCAUUCGAUUGGUUGGUUGCAAAGGUCAGGGAAGAACAAGUCAACUUAGAGAAGACUAUAGUCUAUUGUAAAUCUAUUAAAGACUGUGGAAGACUGUUCAUGCAUUUUAAAGUACAGCUCGGGAAUGAUAGUUUCUACCCUACGAAUGAAURCCAUUCUAAAAAUCUCCUUUUUGCCAUGUAUCACCAUGCAACUCUUCCCAAGAAUCAAGAACAAACAUUAGAAUCAUUUAUGGAUGAAAAUGGCACUUGCAGAGUGAUAUUUGCCACAAAUGCUCUAGGAAUGGGUGUUAAUUUCCCUAAUGUCAGGCAAAUAAUCCAUUAUGGUCCUCCAAGAGAAAUGGAAGAGCUUGUGCAGCAAAUAGGACGUGCUGGUAGARRUGGCAAACCUGCUAUUGCUACGAUUAUGUUCAAUGGGCAAAAAAAUAGGAACUGUGAUCAGAAAGUGAAAGACCUCUGCAACGAGAUGGGCUGCUUAAGGAAGAUAAUGUUAGCUGAUUUUGGUAUUGGAGAUAUUCCCAACUUUAAAACACACAAAUGCUGUUUGAAUUGCCAAAAAGAAUGUUUGUGUUGUGAAGGAAAGCAAUGCACAGUACCUUCAAUGGCAGUUGGACUUCCUGAGCAAACAUUAGAGUCAUUAAAGACCAGGGAGGUAUCCAAAGAACAGAAGGAGCUACUUCAAGAUUUAUUGUUAGAUUACAAGGAGGAAUUUUCAUCUCACCUCUUGUGUUUCAUUGGAGUAGAUGGCAGUAAUUUGUUUGGUAAUUCACUUAAAAAGAAGGUAUUACAGCAUUGCAAGUACAUUUUCAACAAAACUUACAUUUUAGAGAAUUUGCCASUCUUUACCACAGCACAAGCAAUGGAUAUUUUGUGCAUGAUAAAUGAUGUGUUCCAAGAUAUAGACAAAGAAGAAAUCAAUGUUAAUCAGUGCUCUUCGCCAUAUGCAAGUUUUGAUGAUGACAUGGAACUCUUGGAUGUAUGUCAAGAUUUGUUUGAUGAACUCACUGACAGUGAUAAUGAAAUGUCUUCAGAUGAAGAUCUCUCUGACCAAGAAAUGUGAUUACACAGUUCAGGCACAUAUUGCUGCAUGUAGGUAUGUCAUACUUGAUUAUUUGACAUGUAACAUUGUAGUUCUAAAAAAACACAGCAGCACAAAGCAUUGAGCAGAUUGGCGACAUGUCAGCAUAAAAAUCAUAAAUGUUACAUUUAUAAAUGCUAUUUUAUUGGUCUUCUUCGAUUAUU